AAAAUACAUACAAGAAAAGCACCACACGCCAAGAGACGCCCAGCUGUGAUUUCAUGUCUCUUGUGGAAACUUAGCUGGGCGAUGUGGGUUAAGUCCCUUCACUGAUUCUGGAGGCAAAGAGUAUUGCUGAGGUUUCGUGGGCAUUCAUCAGAUAUCAUGCUUGUUCCGUCGACCGAACAACGUAUAUAUAUUAUGGUUAAAACUUAAAAGACGGCAUCAGUCUAGGCCACUCAGACUCUUUUCAAGAUCACCUGUAGGUCUCUCUGCUGCUUACCCCUCUUCCCUUUCCUUUGCUGCGCACCACUAUAAAGAUAAAAUCCGGAGGCCACCAACUAAACACCUAUUGCUCACUUUUCUUACUCAUGGACAGACGUUGCUGCCUUUACGUAUGUCUUCUCUCCUCUCUAGUGCUCCUCAUGCUCUUAAACCCAGCCCAGUUGAAGUUCCCUGUUGCAGGAAAAUCGCUGUCCACAUUGCUUGAUGAAUCUAAGGUUCAAGCUGCUGAGGGAGAAAGCAAGGUUGUUUACGGAGGAGGCAUGGUCAUAGGCUCAAGGCCUCCAAGAUGCCAGAGGAGGUGUGCUUCUUGUGGGCACUGCCGAGCGAUUCAGGUGCCGGCCGUCCCUCAAUUCAAGAACGGAGGAAGAGGCACCGUGGUGUCUUCCACAAAUGCAAUAGGUGCUGAUACAUCGAACUACAAGCCCAUGAGUUGGAAAUGCAAAUGUGGGGAUGUAAUCUACAACCCAUGAACGUCAAGUAACAACUCAGGCAGAAACAAAAAAUCAUGUCCUAUAAUUUUACAUACGUAAAUCCACCUUGUUAAAUUUUGUAUUCA